CAGGUUUGGAUUCGUCAGGUUUUUAGAAGUAAAGAACAAGAAGGAGCUGGAACGGCAGUUGGAUCAGAUCUGGGUUAAUGACAUGAAAUUAUGGGUUAAUAGUCCGAGAUAUGAUGUGGAGAAGAUUAGAAGCAAGGAGAAGAGAUCCAGCGGUGAAGGGACAUCGCAGAUGAAUGUUCCUGUCUAUGGUGAGGCCAGAGAAGAAAAAAAUAGUGGAGGAAGGGUAACUCGGUCUCAAAACAGGAGUUAUGCUGAGGUGGUGAAAGGAAAACAGAAGGAAAGUCUUAUAGAAGAAGGGAAUUCUCAACCUCAGAAAACCCAGGAAAAAAGCAUGAGCAGAACCAGAGUCGGGCCUCAUAAAAGGGAGCCAAGGAAACGGUGGCAAGAGAAAGGAAGGAGGGAAGAUUGGAUUGGAAUGGAGUACAACAUCAAGCCAGAAGAAUUUUCAUGGCUCAAAGGGUGUUAUGUGGGCACAGUACAUUCAGUAGAAAUGGUUCGCAAUUUACAAGAAAAAUUCUUUAUGGAAGGGUAUUUUUUUUGUAAAAUCUAUGCAAUGGGAGGAAGAUUGGUCUUAUUAGACUGUGAGGAUAAGGGGGAACUUAAGGAUCUGGUGGAGAUGGCAGCAGAGUGGCUUGGGCAAUGGUUUGAAGAAGUGCGCCCUUGGACUCCAGAAACGGUUGCUAAUGAAAGAUUCGUAUGGAUGAGAUGCCAAGGGGCACCGUUGAACGUCUGGGGAGUUGAUUUUUUCCAAAAAAUGGGCAGCUCAUGGGGGAAAUUCGUUUGCUUGGAUGAUAGUACAAGCAAAAGAAAGAGAUUUGACAUUGCUAGAUUUUUAAUCUCCACCCCGUUGACAAACUCAAUCUCAGUCUUGAGGCAAAUUAAGAUUAAUGGGGUUAUCUACAGUAUUAAAUUCACAGAGGAAGAAUUCACUAAUAGCUUCUUUUCAUUGAAGCAGGAUUUUAUGCCUUCAUUUCAUAGUGAAUCAGAGGAUCAGGAAAAGUGGUCUACCGAGAGUGAAUUGGAAGAGCUCAAGUCCGAGAAUGCAAGGGAAAAGUUGCAGAGGGAAGCCGAAGGUUUCCAGGAAGAAGACGCUGACAUGUUGAGUAGCUUUGGGGAAAAAGUGAGAUCGGCUCAAUCCCAAAGUGGACAGGAAAGUCAGAAGUCAGCAGAUUUUGUGGAAGACAGCUUGGAAAUAAUUCAAAAUUUGAAUGAAGUGGGAAAAAACGUUGAGGCAGAGACGGACACCAAUAAGCUUAGGAAGAUGGCAUCACCGUUUAGGCCUGAAGAUGUGAAAGGGGUUGAUUUGGGCUGUAAAAAGAAUGAUCCAGAAUGCAAGAAGCCCAUGAGAAAGGAAGAAAGCUUAGAGUGUGUGGAGUCUACUAAUGUGGGCUUGGGCCAAGGCAGCUUGGAGGUAAAUAAAUCAUAUGCAAAGGGUAGUAUGGAGUUUUACAAUAAAAAUGUAUCUGCAGAGGAUAAAAUCGAGGAUGAAGAUGCAGAUCUGGACUGGAUAGAUUCUGAGAGUGAAAACGGAAACACGCAGAGAGGGAUGAGUACGCGGAAUGGAAGAAUCAUCAAAAGGAAGGGGCAGCGGGUAAGAAAGUGCAGCUCGAUCUACUUGAAAUCCUCUGAACUGGGCGGUGAUGUUCGGAGAUGCCGAAGCCGAGGAACGGGAAGGCUGAACAGAGAGUCGGGUGUGAGGAGAUCAUUGCCAGUUUUUGCGCCAAGCCCGAACGGGAAGAUAGCAGGAGGCUCUGUUGGCGACUCAGAGAUUCAUCAAUGUAAUAAAGCUUUGAAGAAAAAACUACAGAACAGAUUAGCGAAGGAGAUAUGGGAGCUUGCAAAGCAAAUGGGGGCAUCGACGGAAGACGAGGAGGAGAUAAUUCGGAGGAUUGAAGAAAUGGAGAGUAGAGAUAGUCAAGGGAAAGCGACCACCGGAAGUCACAAGGAAGCCGGUAGCAAGAAGCAGAUGAGUAGAAUAGAUAGAUUCCUGGUUUCAGAAGACUGGAUCUCCAAAUGGAGCGACAUUAAGCAGUGGGGGCUGAAACGAACAGUAUCAGAUCAUUGUCCAAUCCUAUUGAAGAAUGAGAAGGUAGAUUGGGGUCCAAAACCUUUUAAAUUCUUCGAUAGUUGGCUGGAACAGCCUGGGUGCAGAGAAAAAGCCCUAAAGGAGUGGAGUGCUAAAUUAGUGACUGAGAUGGACAGAAGAAUAAAAGAUGCUGAAAACUUGAUAGCCGAGAUUGAUGGGAAAGGAGAGAUCAAUCAGCUAUCCACAGAUGAGAUUGAAAUGCGGAGGAACAGUUUUCUUGAUUUAUGGAAGAAUUUAAGUAUCAAGGAGAGAAUGGCGCAACAAAAAUCAAGGAAGAUGUGGCUAAAGGAAGGAGAUGCGAAUACAAGAUUCUUUCACAAUUGCAUCCAAGGAAGGUGGAGAAGAAGUGAAAUAAAUUCUGUACAGAUAGCUGGUGAACAGUUCACGGGAGUGUUGAGAAUUAAAGAAGAGGUGGCCAGAUAUUUCGAAACUCUGUUCACAGAAGAGAGAUGGAAGGGACCAAAGCUUGAUGGGGUUAGCUUUAAGCAAGUAUCUCAAGUGGACAAUGAGCUUCUUACGAGUGCGUUUUCAGAGGAGGAAGUAAAGGAAGCAGUAUGGGAUUGUGAUUCUUCCAAAUCUCCAGGCCCAGAUGGAUUCAAUUUCAGAUUCAUCAAAGAGAUGUGGGAAGAUAUAAAGAUGGAGGUAGUUGCUUACAUCCAAGAGUUUCAUAAUCUUGGUAGAAUUGUCCGGGGAGCCAAUGCUUCCUUCAUUGUGCUAAUCCCAAAGACUGAAAACCCCCAGAGAAUCGAAGAGUAUAGACCCAUUUUUCUUAUAGGGGUCAUGUACAAGAUCAUAGCAAAGCUGUUAGCGAACAGGCUGCGAAGGGUGCUACCCAAGGUCAUUGGGGAGCAGCAGAUGGCAUUUAUUGGGGGUAGACAAUUAGUGGAUGGUGUUAUCAUUGCAAAUGAAGUCAUUGAUGAGGUUAAAAGGAAGAAGAAGAAUUGCUUCAUUUUUAAGGUUGAUUUUGAGAAAGCCUAUGACAAAGUAUGCUGGGAAUUUCUGGAUUAUAUGAUGAUGCGACUGGGUUUUAAUGAAACAUGGAGGAAAUGGAUAAUGGAGUGCCUGAGAUCAAGUUCGGUUUCUGUUUUAAUUAAUGGUAGUCCUACAAGUCAAUUCUCGGUUAGCAAAGGCGUAUGUCAAGGCGACCCGCUUUCGCCAUUUCUUUUCUUGAUAGUGGCAGAAGGGUUGAAUGGUUUAAUGGCCUUGGCAGUGGAUAAAGGAUUAUAUAAAGGAGUGAGGGUUGGGAAUGAAGGUGUCAUGGUAUCACAUCUGCAAUUCGCGGAUGACACAGUAUUUUUCGGGGAGGCUUCGGAAGAUAACAUAAGAGCGGUGAAGGCUAUUAUGAGGACCUUCGAAAUGGCUUCAGGACUAAAGAUCAACUUUGGAAAAAGCCUUUUAAUGGGGGUGGGAGUAGCGGAGAGUUGGCUAACAGAAAUGGCUUAUAGAUUGCACUGUAAAGAAGGGGAACUUCCAUUUAAAUACUUGGGAAUUCCAGUAGGGGGGAAUAAUAGAAGGAAAUCAAUGUGGCAAUCACUGGUACAAUCAGUGGAGAUGAAACUAGCUAGCUGGAAGGGUCGUUUCCUUUCUAUGGGAGGUCGUAUCACGCUCAUAAACUCAGUGUUGUCUUCUCUGCCCGUGUUCCUAAUGUCAGCCUACUUAAUCCCAAAAGGUACACUCUUUUCAAUUGAUAAAAUUCGUAGACGAUUUUUAUGGGGUGGGGGGGCAGAUGAGAGGAAAAUAAGUUGGGUAAAUUGGGGGGAGGUAUGUAAAAGUAAAGCAAAGGGAGGGUUGGGAGUGAGAGAUUUGAGGAAGUUUAAUAUGGCACUAAUGGGGAAAUGGUGGGGUCGGUUAGCAAAAGCAGAUGAGGGACUAUGGAUGAAAAUAAUUGCUGCAAAAUAUGGGAAGGACGGGAAGCACUGGAUGGACUGGAUUAGAGAAAACAAUGGAGGGGGGUCCUUAUGGUGGAGGGAUGUUUGCUGCCUUAAUAGAGUGAACGAGGAGAGUGUAGGAUGGCUGUCGGAGGGAUUUAGAAUGAAAAUUGGGGAUGGAAAAUCAGCUAGCUUUUGGUGGGAUAGUUGGGGAGGGGAGGGUUGCCUUGCUAACAAAUUUCCUAGGCUAUAUCUGCUGUCAACAGGGAAGGAGAAUUCAUGCAACCAAAUGGGCAUCGUAAGGAGUGGAUUAUGGGAAUGGAAGUUAAAUUGGAGAAGAAAUCUAUUCGAAUGGGAAGCUGGAGAGGUCGUGGAUCUCGAAAGGAUGAUAGAGGGCGUGAAAAUUAGUCAAGGUCGGGCCGACAAAUGGGAAUGGAUUCACGACAAGGAGGGUCUAUACUCAACACAAUCAGCAUACCACAUACUAGCUUCGGAGCAAAACGGACCAGGCGGACAUACAAUUUUCAAAAGAGUAUGGAACCCAAGCCUCCCAACCAAAGUUUCAGCAUUCAAUUGGCAAUUAAUGUUGGACAGAAUACCAACCAAGGUGAACUUGCUGAAAAGGGGGAUUAUUAAAGACAGAGAGGAGAGCAAGUGCGGUGUAUGUGAAGAAUAUGAUGAGGUCUCAGCUCAUCUAUUCCUGAGGAACUCGAAUAAGAUAAGGAUGGGAUUGCAUAUGGAGUACGGUGGUGUGGACAGUGUGGCUUGCUCGCAAUCAGAAAUUAUUCCAGCACAAAGAGAUAAAUGCGGGGAAGCUGUUUGAAUUAAUUCAACUAAGGUCUUUCUUAUGGAUUAGAGUAAGAAAUGACAGGUAUGCCUUCACUCUUUCUGAUUGGCUUCUUAAUCCUGUUGAUUGCAUAAAGGAUAGUUGUAGAAGGAGGAAAGCCAUCAAAGGUAAAACCGGAUGUAAUGUAAUGGCCUCCUGAUUGCCUUAUUAGUUACUGUGGCAGGUAGUAGGAAAUAGAAUCUUGUGCUAUGCUUGGUAGGAUUAUUCUCACUGUUUUGAGGAUAUUGAUGGUUUUAUUCUCACUGUAACUACAUAGGAAGCAUUGAGCAACUAUUUGACUCUACUUGGAUUAAAGACAGAGUCAGUAGAUGCUCAAUAUUUUCCUUGUUUGUGUAUUAUGGGCAGGAGUACCCCUUGUACUCUAUAUAAUCAAAUACCUUUUGCUGU